GCCGCGGGCGGAGGCGCGCAGAAGAAGCGCGGGGCCAAAGCGGGGUGGGCUCAGGCUCUCCUUCCUUUCUCUCUCCGAGCUUCAGCAUGCCGCCCAAGGAUAGCAAACAGAAGAAGGAUUCGGGCAAGUCCAAAAAGGACAAGGAUCCCGUCAACAAAUCUGGAGGCAAGGCCAAAAAGAAGAAGUGGUCCAAAGGAAAGGUGAGGGACAAGCUCAACAACUUGGUCCUCUUCGACAAGGCCACAUAUGACAAGCUGUACAAAGAAGUCCCUAACUACAAGCUCAUCACACCUGCCGUUGUGUCCGAGAGGCUGAAGAUCAGAGGCUCCCUUGCCAGGGCAGCCCUUCUUGAACUGCUUGGCAAAGGUAUGAUCAAGCUAGUGUCAAAGCACAGGGCUCAGGUGAUCUACACACGUAACACCAAGGGCACUGAUGAGGCUGCACCAGAGAAGGAGGCAUAAUGAGGUUCCUCUCUGAGAUGUUAAGGUCUUUUGUAUAGUUAAAUAAACAACAAAAAAAAGA